CUCUAUCCGAUCUAGCAAUCGUGCCUUCGAAAUUUCUGUAUCUGUCACGUAACAAAUUGUUGAUCAAAGUAUCAUGGUUUCCGUACGCAUUAUCAUCGCAUUCCGCAGUAUUAUGACAAAAGCGGCGUUUUUGUUGCUCAGUUGGUCUGUAUUUUCGGUUAAAUUAAGUAAUGGUCAAUGCAACUAUUCCGAUAGAUUAACUUCUACGAAUCCAAUACGGUAUAUCCAAUAUCAAUAUAGGGAGAAUGUAUCAUGUUCGUGGACGGUCGUGAGCGAUUAUAAAAUUAAUUUGUCUUGUACUGUAUUUGAAUUACCAUGGAGUGACAAUUGCUUUAAAGACAAUCUAGCUGUGCAAAUCAGUCCUUCUAUUGUACAUCGGUAUUGUGGUAAUGGAUCAUUUAAUAUACAAUCCGAAUCAAACUCGAUGGUUAUAACACUACAAUCGGUGCCGUUCACGAAUGGCGGUCGAUUUUUUUGUGAAGUGAAAGCAUUGUCCAGACCGCAAAAUCCUGAAAAUUGUUCAUGCGGAAGAAAAAAUCCCAGCCGGAUAGUCGGUGGAACAAAUGCUGGAGUACACGAGUUCCCUAUGAUGUGUGGUAUUGUGGAUGCCAACCAAAAAAUUGUGUUCUGUGGUGCUACUAUAAUAUCCGACAGAUACGUGUUAACUGCAGCGCAUUGCCUCAUUAAUAGAGAUUUACAAAAUUUAGGUGCCCUUGUUGGGGAUUAUGAUUUGGAGACAGGAACGGAUACAAAUGCUACGGUAUUACAUCGAGUAAUCCAGGGUAUUGUGCAUCCUGGGUAUAAUCAAAGAAAUGGUGAAAAUGAUGUGGCUAUCUUAAAAACAGAAAAAUAUAUAACAUUUAAUAACCAGGUAGGCCCAGUUUGUCUACCUUUUCAACAUUCACCAGAUACUUUUGGCGGCAAUUAUGUUGAAUUAUUGGGUUGGGGAACAACGGAUUUCGGUGGUCCAACUUCUAAUAUCUUACAAAAAGUUACUCUAAGCGUAAUUACGAAUCAGCAGUGUUCCAAAACUUACCCGAAUGUAACUACAAAUCAAAUCUGUACCUAUGCUGAGGGCAAGGAUUCAUGUCAAAUGGAUAGUGGCGGACCAGUUUUAUGGCAAGAUCCUACGACUAGGCGACUUGUCUUGAUAGGGAUCAUUACUAGGGGUAGAGGCUGUGCCAUUACUGCUGGUUUAAAUACUAGAGUUGGUGCUUACAUAGAUUGGAUUGUUUCAGUAACUCCAGAUGCCUGGUACUGUACCGUUGAAUAAAGUAACACAGUUUAAUCGAAUUUGAUUCGAUUUGUAGCAAUACACAUUACGGAUAGCGGACCUGAUUAUUUCAUUAAGUUGAUGGCUUGAUUCUUAUCAAGAAAAUCUCACAUUUUCAUAAGUUUAAAAGUUUCCUAGAGAAAUGAUAAGAAUACACAUUGUGUCGGAUAAACAGUCGUCAUGAAUUAAUAUUAAAUGAUUAGAAUAUACCAGUCUAUUAUUCCAAGUCUGGAGACUACAAAAGCUUUAUAAUAUUAAUAUAUGUUCCUAAAUAUAUAUAUAUAUAUAUAUGUAUUGUUAAAAUGUUAAUAUUGUUAAAUAAU